UUCAGUAGUGUUCCAUUUCACAUAUUUAAAUUUAAAAUUUCGUUACACCCUGCUUUCGUGCACCCUGUGUUCGUUGCCAAUGCAUUUGGCUGUACAAAAGAAUCGUCAACUAUUUAAUUAUUGCUAUUACAGGAGUUGUGAACGAAAAGUGUGAAAGCAAUAAAUUUCAGAGUUAUUUUUACAACUUCUCAACAAAAUUUAUCAAUCGAAAUAAAUUAUUUAGUGAGUACGUGUAAGUGUUGUAGUGAAGAUGGAAGCAGCGCCAACCGCUGAACUAGUUUAUCAGGGUAUUUGUACCCUUUUUCACAAUAGUAAUCCCAAAGAAAAGGAAAAGGCCAACAAAUGGCUGGAGGAUUUUCAGAAGUCGAUCUAUUCAUGGACAAUUGCGGACGAACUGUUGCAGCAAAAACGCGAUUUGCAUUCGUGUUAUUUUGCAGCACAGACGAUGCGUAACAAAAUUCAAAAUUCGUUCAAUGAACUCCCACCAUCAUCACAUGAAUCUUUACGCGAUUCAUUAAUAGCACACAUCGGACAGAUCACAAAUGAUACCGAUACUGUAAUUAUAACACAACUUAGUCUGGCUGUUGCUGACCUGGCAUUGCUAAUGGCCGCCUGGAAACAGCCUAUAAUCGAUUUACUAGAAUUGCUAUCAUCACAAGCACAAUCUGUGUGGCCACUGCUGGAGAUACUCACGUUAAUACCAGAAGAGAUAGAUUCGCGUUAUUUGCGUUUGGGUUCCAAUCGACGCGAGGAGAUACACAAGCAAUUAGAUGCUGCUGCGCCCAAAGUACUAGAAUUUCUAUGUAUUUGUUUACAACGUAGUGACGUGCAACAGGAACGUCUUUUAAACAGUACCAUACGCUGUUUCAGCGCAUGGGUGGCAAUACAAGCAAUACCGAUACAUCACUUCACAGAGAAUCCAGUGGGACAAAAAGUUUUCCAACUGUUAAGUAGUGGAGAAACAUCUAGAAAAUUACACGAUACAUGCACCGAGUGUUUGUGCGCGCUGCUGAGCUGUCUUGAAGCUAGCACCAAUCGUUAUAAACUGGAACCGACGGUUGAAGCGCAAAUUUUCAAUGCAGUUUGUUCACUAGAGACGGCUUAUCACAUUAGUGUGGCACAUGAAGAUAUCGAUAAGACGAUGAACUAUUGUCGCAUAUUUACCGUUUUAUGUGAAGCUUUCUUCUACGAAAUGCUCUCCAACGAACAAGUGCCACAUUAUUCAAUUAAGGGACUUGAUUUGGUGCUAAUGUGCGUCGGGCACUUUGAUUACGAGGUAGCAGAGAUUACCUUCAAUUUGUGGUAUCGCCUGAGUGAGGAUCUCUUUCAAAGUUAUAAUGAUAAGUUAACAUCACAUUUUAAGCCACACAUUGAACGGUUAUUGGGUGCGCUUUACCGGCAUGCGCAAAUGGACGCGGAUCAUGAUGGUCUCAUCGAUGAACACGAUAGUUUUAAUGACUUUCGACGCAAAGUUUCAGAUUUAAUCAAAGAUGUCGCUUUCAUUGUGGGUUCGGGUGCGUGCUUUAAACAAAUGUUCCUUAUAUUACAAGCGCCCAAUACAACAUGGGAAUCGACAGAAUCCGCUUUAUUUAUUAUGCAAAAUGUUGCCAAAAACAUUAUACCUGAUGAGAACGAAGUUAUACCCAAAGUCGUAGAGGCCAUACUCAAUCUGCCCGACAAUACUCAUAUGGCUGUACGUUACACCUCAAUAAUGCUGCUUGGCGAGCUCUGCGACUGGAUUGAAAAUCAUGCGGAAUCACUGCAGGCCGUACUCAAUUUUCUGCUCUACUCACUGCAACAGAAGAAUGGCCUCGCGGCGGCCGCAGCGAUAGCGCUCACAUCCAUUUGUGCAGCGUGCCGACAGAAAAUGGUGUGCCACAUUAAUGGCUUGGUCGAGAUUGCACGUAGUCUGGAUAGUUUUGAAAUCAAUAAUGAUUUAGCCAUUGGCCUACUCAAAGGCAUUUCAUUAAUACUAUCGCGUCUGCAACGCACACAACUGGAGUCCUCAAUGCGCGAGAUUAUUUCAUUUCAAUUGCAACCAUUAGCCGUCAUGGUGGAGAGCACAACUGCCACAUUGGCAAGCGUACAAAAGGGUGAACGCACCGAUCCCGCUUACUGGAUUGAUCGCGCUUGUGCCGUUAUACGGCACACGAAUCCAGACAUUGCCGAUGGUGAACUGCAUCCCACGGUGCAGAUACUCACCGAUGCAUGGCCAUUGUUAUCGCAAGUUAUGGUGAAAUAUCAAACCGAUGUACGCAUUAUGGAGCGUACAUGCCGACUCAUACGCUAUGGUGUACGUAUGGUACGCAAACAGGCAUCGGUUUUGGUGGAGCCACUGGUCAAGCAAAUGAUUUGCAUAUAUGCAUUACAUCAUCACAGUUGCUUUUUGUACCUCGGCUCGGUGCUAGUCGACGAAUUCGCCAAGGCGGGUGAAUGUAUACCAGGUCUCCUAGAAAUGCUGAAAGCCUUUAUCGAACCCACCUUUAGUAUGUUACGCGUGGAGAAUGGUCUAAAAAAUAAUCCCGACACGGUUGAUGACUUUUUCCGACUCUGUUCGCGCUUCAUCGAAUGCUGUCCGGUACCAUUUCUGCAGAGCACACUCGUCACACCGAUUUUCCAAUGCGCUCUACUGGCCUGCACACUCGACCAUCGGGAGGCCAACUCAUCUGUGAUGAAAUUCUUUUGCAAUCUCUUGAAAUGGGGACGAAACUCCAAUCAACGUCAUCCCGAAUGUCGUCCGUUGGUAAAAGAGAUCGCCGAGCAAAAUGGCGCGGCGCUAAUUAUAAAUCUAAUACACGCGUCGGUGUAUUGUUUGCACUCGUACAUGUUGUCCGAUGUCGCCGAUGUGAUAUUCGAAUUGAAAUUGGUUGAGACGCAGGAGCACAUGCAGUCGUACAUUAAGACAGCGUUAGAUGCUUUACCAAAGCGCAAUAGUGGUGGCUAUGUGACGGCAACGCAGCAGCAAUUGGACGAGUUCACUGCCGCUUUGUUGAGCAGCGCCAGCACGCCGAAGACAAUAACUGUAGCGCUGAAGAACUUCACACGCUUGUACCGCUGAAUUUGGCGUGGCGCACAACCCACACACACCACAGCUUAAAUUCAAAGCAUAUAAUACAAUAUACUCUAACUACAUAGAAAUAUAUAUAUAUAGAUCAGCAAAUAUAAUGUAUUUAUAUAUGUAUGUAUAUUUUUUGCAUUGCAUACUUCAAUGUAUUUAACGAAAUUUUUAGAAUUUGUUAAACUCCCAACAUUUGUAAAUGUUAAGGAUUCCAUUGCGGGAAUUUUUGGUAAAGUCAAUUUUAGACGACUGACCAUACAACAACAAGCUGUAGUAUGUAUGUAUGUAAUAUCUUAUAUUUAAUUAGUUCAUUUAACUAACAAUGGAUUUUAUUUUAUAAAAUCACUCCCAAUAUAUAUGUACAAAGCAAUUGUAAUUCAAUGUAAUCAAGUUGAAUAAUACUACAUUAAACACGCAAAAGCAAGAAAAACGAAAAAAAAAAUUAAUAAUAUACAUACAUACAUAUAUAGUAUAUGGUAUAUUUAUGUUUUGCAUAGCAAAUUGGAAAUGCAAAAAACCGUUUAAUUAGUACGGUUUAUAAUAUAGAUUUGAGUGAAAAAAUAAAAAUAAAUAAUAAUAAUGUUAGCGUGUGUUUAUAGUGAACAGCAGGUUUAGCAAGUAAUGGCGUAUAGUUUAUAUUUUAGUAGAAUGCAAAAUCAAAAACAAAAAACCUAUAUUUCAACAAUUGUACGAAUUAUAAUAAUUUCAAAUGUAGUCAUUCAAAUUAAUGCAUUGAAAUUUUGUGUUCAAUAAAAAAUGACCGAACAGGA